GUUAUGCGGUGCCACCAGAGGACGCUGUCUGUACUCCUGCUCUAUCUUCCAAGGAGCGUUCCUCUUCUCCGGGCCUCGAACGCGAGCGCUGGCGAAUCCGUGCCUGUAGGAUGUUCUUUAUUGAACCAGGAAAGAGGGAACAUGCCUUGAGCGAGGAGAUCCACGAGUGGCCCCGCUGUGGCGCGCCGAGAGUCCGCGUGCACGCACCCCGCGCGAGGACGAGCCCUGAGGCACUGCUGGAUGCGUCUAUCUACCGUGAGAGGAGAUGGCAGGAUCCCAGCUGGCUGUCCACCAGUGGACCACCAAGCACGUGGCCAGGUGGCUGAAGGAAGAGGGCUUCUGCGAUUAUGUGGAGCUCCUCUGCAACCGGCACAGGCUGGAUGGUACCAGUCUUCUAACGCUCAGCGAGUCUGACCUGCGCCAGCCACCCCUGGAGCUGAAGGUGCUGGGGGACAUAAAGAGGCUGAUGGUGGCAUUGCGACGGCUGCAGAGACACAAUGCCAGCAUGCUGGAGCAGCUGGGCCGAGGUCACGACGGUGAGCGGUCAUGCAACGGGGAGCUGGCUGUGGCCAACGGAAAGCACAAGCAGCAUGCACGACGCCUCGACCCUGAGUACUGGAAGACUGUCGUUAGCUCUGUCUACGUGAUGUUUGUGUUUGGCUUCACCUCCUUUGUCAUGGUGAUUGUACAUGAACGUGUGCCUGACAUGCGCACGUACCCACCCUUGCCGGACAUAUUUCUUGACAGUGUUCCUAGAAUCCCAUGGGCUUUUGCAAUGGCAGAAGCAUGUGGCGUGGUCCUGUGUAUAUUCUGGCUGCUGGUGCUCCUGCUCCACAAACACAGGUCUAUUCUGCUGCGGCGUCUCUGCAGCCUCAUGGGCACCGUGUUCCUGCUUCGCUGUUUUACCAUGUUCGUCACCUCCCUGUCUGUACCGGGGCAGCACCUGAAGUGCUCGGGCAAGAUGUACGGGGAUGUGUGGGCCAAGCUCCAGCGUGCACUGGCCAUCUGGAGCGGCUUGGGAAUGACCCUGACCGGGGUGCAGACCUGCGGAGACUACAUGUUCAGCGGGCACACUGUGUGCCUCACCAUGCUGAACUUCUUUGUGACUGAAUAUACUCCAAGGACCUGGAAUUUUGUACAUACCUUGUCUUGGGUUCUGAACUUGUUUGGUAUCUUCUUCAUCCUGGCGGCCCAUGAGCACUACUCCAUCGACGUGUUCAUUGCUUUCUACAUCACUACCAGACUCUUUCUGUACUAUCACACACUGGCUAACACACGGGCCUAUCAGCAGAGCCGCCGAGCUCGCAUCUGGUUCCCCAUGUUCUCUUUCUUUGAGUGCAAUGUCAAUGGCACCGUGCCCAAUGAGUACUGUUGGCCCUUCUCCAGGCCGGUCUUCAUUAAAAAGCUGAUUGGCUAGAUCUGUCGCAUGGGCAGGACAUUGACUGUUGGAGUGCUCUUGAAGCUGAAGGCUGGGUUCUCCUAGAUGCCUCUUUGGCAAAGUUUGAGCUUCCUCUGUCUGGUGUACACAUUGUACAAGUCCUAGUUUUCUCACAAUUUGUCUCAAUUGGGAGUGGUAUUUUUGGUCUGUCCUUGGUCGAGUGAAAAGUUUUAUGGGGAACGGCUAAAUUAUGUAUUAGUUCUCAAUGGUUUAAUUACUUUUUGAUAUUCUAAAGCAAUUAUUAUGGUAAUGGUCUUAAUAUUUUUCUGCUAUAUUAUUGACCUGAGAUGAUUCCAUGUAGUUUUACUUGAUGUUUAUGAAAAAGAUAUUUACGAGUGGAGCAAUGAUUUGGUUACUUGAAAAGAUUUGCCAAUACAGACAUGGAAACAGGUUUACGUUUCUUA